GAGAGAGUCCGUCCUCUUCGGUUUGUUUGACUGUUUAGCUAAAUUAGCACUAAGCUAACUCCACAAUGGACACUGUACUCGGUUUCUGUUCGCCACUUGAAGAAAAAGAAGCGGAAAUCUGCCGCAGCUCGUCGUUGGAGGAUGACGGAUCAAUGGACGGGUUUGGUGACCUCGCUGCUCUUCCUGUCGAAGUUGGUGACCGAAGACCGACGUGUUUACGGUGCUGUCGCCCUCAGAAGGUGUGUCUCUGUCCUUUUCUGCCACCGCAACCGCUGGACGUUUCCACGUGUCUGUACGUAGUGCAGCAUCCUGCAGAGGAGAGUCGAGUACUUCGGACAGUGCCUCUUCUUGCUGCUUGUCUGCCACGUGGGAAAUGCAAUGUCAUUGUUGGAAGGAGAUUUAAUGAGGAAAGGUAUCCAGACCUGGCGGUGGUGUGUCAGGACAGAAAAACACUGAUUUUGUACCCAGGCCCAAAAGCUCAGGAUCUGGAGGAGCUGGUGCUGUACCACGAAGGAGGCGCUGUCGAGCAUAAUGUCAUCAUCAUAGAUGGCACCUGGAGUCAGGCAAAAAACAUGUUCCUCAAAAACAGCCUCUUCCAUCUUCCCAAACAGGUGCAGCUCAAUAAAACGCUGUCCAGUCAGUAUGUGAUUCGCACGCAACCGUCCAACAUCUGUCUGUCCACUCUGGAAUGUGCUGCUCUCGCUCUGUCCAUCCUGGAGCAGAAUGAUCAUAUUCAGGAGGUUCUCCUGAGACCUUUGAGAGCACUUUGUUCCUUCCAGCUGCAGCACGGCGCUCAGGUUCACCACAGCAAGGAGCACCUGCUGAAGAACGGCAUGUAUGACAAGCCCAUGCCCAAGAACAAACGCAAGAUAAAGAGGAUGGAGAAACUUGUUACCGACCAAAACAUCUGCCUCAGAUGAGACGGUGACUCGUGAUUUAUGAGAAGCCACAUUACAGACUGCAGUCAGGAUACGCACAAAACCUGCUGGACCCUCCAGAUGUCAGCGUUUUUGUAACAGUCUUCUUAUUUAAAUCUAAUUGUCACAGGUUUUUAAAUUAAGUGUCUGACAUUAAUUUACAUGAAUUAAUGGCAGAACAGGAGUUGAAAUAUUACUUUAAAUCAGGCGUCUGGCAUUGAUGUGCACCUUUCCCUUUGAUUUCUGCUUUAUUUAUGGAACUUAACGUUUUUAGUAAGUUUUUUUUUUUAGCAAAUCUGCAGCUUCGUUCAAAUGAAAAGGUCAAACAGAAUAAUGGAUUGCGUUAAGUACUCCCCAUGAAUAUAACAGAACUACAUCUAGUGUAAUGCAGCACUUUUGUAACCAGUUAUGCCGUGGAAGUGUCAUAAGUAGUGAAACAGAGAUCAGCUGUGGUGUUAACACCCGUGUGUCCGCUUUCACAGAGGGAGGUGGCAGAACUGACUUAUCAUCAGUUACCUGGUCUUUAAAAAAAAUGCACGUACAGUGGGGAAAAUAAGUAUUUGACCCCCUGUCAGUUUUGCAGGUUUUCCCACCUACAAAGAAUGUAGAGGUCUGUAAUUUUUAUCGUAG